AUGGACGCGUACGAAGUGAUGGAAGACGAAGAUGACUUCGCGGAGUUCUACAGUAGUGUAUGCUCGAAAACGUGCCUGGCUGUUCUCGAAGUGUUCUGCACUGUCAGUACCGUGCUUAAUGUCGUCGUGUUCUUGGCGUUCUUCAAACGGAAAAAGCCGCUCAGCUCCCGCGAGGUUUUCAUGUUCGUCCUGAUCGUCAACGAUGUCCUGAGGACCACCGUAGGCGCAUACAGGAACUGGUGGCCCGUUUGGGUGUUCCCUUAUACGGAUAACGUGUGGCUGUGCCGAAUACAUUUCCUACUGUCGGAAACCUGUGCUAUGUGUUCGCUCCUUUUUCCGGCGUUUUACGCAAUAUAUGAAUGUUGCACCAGGGGCUUUCCAACGUCACCGUUGGCAGCGUUUUUAUCUCAACACAGAUCCUCGCUGCUUGUAGAUCUCUCAAUCCUGAUGAUUGGUUUGUGCUCGCCCGUCAUCUUCGUCGUCGGCGAGACCCAUUUCUCCCACUACAGCUGUGUUUUCAUGUACUACAACACGGAGGAGACCGGUUUCGCGACCGCUUAUGCCAUUUCCUACAGAGUUCGUCUGGCGCUAAAAACUUUCUCCCUGAUCUCAAUGUGGAUGGCGACAGUCGUAUUACUAGUCAAGGUAUCCGAGAUCACACCGACAUCCCGCACUCGACUCCGACAUCUGUGGGCGGAGCAGAAAUUGCUCAUAAGUCUCUUGAUGAAACUCACAUUCUUGGCCUCCCCUUACGGAGUGUUCAUACCGCUGCUAUGGCAAAGCUCGGUACCCACUCUGCUCGUUGGCGAAAUAGCCGGCCUAGCGUUGAUGCUCGACACGAUGACGAACGCACCAUUGUUCCUCUGGAUCACCGAAGAACUACGCUUUUGGACAGCUUGGACGCUGCCUGAAUUCCUGAAGACCUGUCGGCAGAGGAAAUCGUGUCAGGAGCUCGAGGGUGAGCAGGACUCCGUGUAG